CUCCCAGUUUCGAACGGCGGGUCUCGCGGGGCCGGUCAUGUGGGGCAGCGCCUGGUCCGUUCUCCGUGGCCUUCGGCCCAUGCCCUCUGGGGCCAGCCGACGUCGCUGGCCACGCUCAGAAGCCCUCGGUCUUCAAGGAUGUUGCCGGCGAGGAUGCCGGGAGUGUCCGCGCGACCUCGGGCCAGGGCAGCGCGGGCCCUGGCUGCGCUGCGGGCAAGGGCAGUGAGCUCGACGGGCGGGUCGCUGGAUCAGGAGUCCGAGAGUCUGGAGACGGUCCUGGAGGACGAGGACAGCGAUUCGGACGCCGACGGGGGCGCGCCCUCGGAUCCCUGGGUGGACGGGGCGCCCAGGCAGAUCAGCAUCCAAGAGGGGGCCAUGAUCGACGCGGAGCAGACCCCCUGGGCGGGGGUUUCGCGCUGUCGCCUCCGAGCCGUCUCUGGAGGCGCUGGGCCAUCGUGCUGUCGCGGCGCCCCGCAUGGCGGCCGACGCGCGCCCCCCCGCCAUGCUGGCGACGCCGGCCAGAGCGCGAGCUCAAGGGCGAGCAGCUGGAUCAGGAGACGCGCCCCCGCCCGCUCGCGCCCCGCAGCUCGGGAGGGAACCGUUGCGGAUGGCGCGCCGGGUGCUCGAGGCGCAGGCUGAGGCAGGAGUUCGCCAGGGAGACCCCUCAGCAGAUAGAGCAGGCGCGCCGGGGCUGCCUGGCCAGGAGGGAGAGGGUCAUCAAGAACGCCAAGAAGGAGGGGCACGUGGAAUUCGAGCCUCCCGCCGAGAUAGCCCAGCCUGCCCCGCUGGCUCCGCGGCCCCCGUGGCCGAGAAGGCAGGCCCACCAGCCCCGAAGUCGGCGCCGCAUCAGCAGGGGGCCCAGGCGACCGACUUCGAGAGGAUGCAGCGGUUCAUGGUCGAGGGCCGCGAGGAGAGGGCGAGGCGGGCGGGCGGCCUGAUCGCGGCCGCGCGCCAGCUCUCCAGCGCGGCGCAGGCGAGGACGAACCCCUCGGAGGAGCAGGUCUCGGACCGCGCGGCUUGUGUCAGGCCGCGGGCGGUCCAAGCGCGGGCGCCGAGCUCGGCGGGGCCUCGGCCUCCUCCUGCCCGAGAGGGCCAAUGUAGCGACGAGGUGCUCCCAUUCCCCCUUCAUAUGCCGCUCGGGACUGGCGGCUCUGAUCACGGUCGAAUUCUCUCGUAGUUUUCCGGGGGAGGGCUGGCUGGCAACUGGAUUGCCGGGAGCUUACUGCGGCGACGGCCCACGUCGAUCGAG